AACUUGGAGCGAAUCUCCAUAAUGGCGAAUCUGGCUGUAUCACGCUUGAAGCGCGAUUUCAAAGAAGUCAUGGAGAGCAACGAGAUGGUGCAGUGUUCGAUCAAAAUCGAACUUGCCAAUGACAAUUGGACAGAGCUACGGGGUGAAAUCGGAGGCCCUCCCGAAACGCCCUACGAAGGGGGAAAUUUUAUACUGGAAAUUAAAGUGCCCGAGACAUAUCCCUUUAAUCCGCCAAAGGUUCGUUUCAUUACGCGCAUCUGGCACCCGAACAUAUCAUCUGUGACUGGCGCUAUUUGCCUGGACAUACUCAAGAACAAGUGGGCAGCGGGGAUGACGAUGCGCACGGUGUUGCUGUCCCUGCAGGCCUUGCUGGCCGCUGCCGAGCCCGACGAUCCGCAGGACGCCGUGGUAGCACACCAGUAUAAGGAAAAGCACGAUCUGUUUCUGCUUACGGCAAAGCACUGGACAAAUGCUUACGCAGGGGGUCCGCACAACUUCCCCGAUUGUGAUUCAAAAACUCAACGCCUCAGGGACAUGGGUAUCGACGAGCAUAAGGCGCGCGGCGUUCUCUCUAAGGAGAACUGGAACUUGGAAAAAGCGACUGAGUGCCUUUUCCGUUAGUUGGCUGAGAGUAAC